CUUCCUUUUCUAUCUCUCUGCUUACAAGGUGGUUCGCUUUUCUAAGUCUCAGCCGUUUAUGUUCCUAAGUUGGUUUGGAACAUGUUUUUAGUCUCACAUGAAACAUGAUUAUUAACUGUCACCGCCCCUGUUUUUUCUCCUUGUUCUCUGAUUCUCUUCUAUUUUCUUUUUCCCUUUUUUCUCCUUGUCCUCUAGACUGCUACACAAAUGAAUAUAUGAUCAUUCUUUCGUAAUCAUUUUUCUAAAACUUCUUGCAAAGAAACCAAAUUCAGACCCUUUUUCAGAAUUUUCUUAUUGAAUCCAAAGGGAAUUUCAUUUGGGUACUGUUUCCUUUUCUUGGGGUUGCAGGUAUUUUGAUCAAACUUUGGAGGGUUACUUAUGUCUUCCCAAGAGAAGAACAAGGGAGGGAAAAAGUUGCAAAAGAGCUACUUCGAUGUGUUGGGUUUAUGUUGCUCUUCCGAGGUACCAUUGAUUGAGAACAUCCUGAAACCUCUUGAAGGUAUCAAAGAGGUUUCAGUCAUUGUCCCUUCACGAACCGUCAUUGUUGUCCAUGAUACUCUUGUCAUUUCGCAACUUCAAAUUGUUAAGGCUUUGAAUCAAGCAAGACUUGAAGCAAAUAUUAGAGUGUAUGGAGACGAGAAGCACCAAAAGAGAUGGCCAAGCCCUUAUUCAGUGGCUUCUGGAGUUCUACUUCUGCUAUCGAUUCUGAAAUAUGUGUACCAUCCUUUUAAAUAUUUGGCACUCGGAGCAGUUGCUGUAGGGGCAUACCCAAUCAUCUUAAAAGCUAUUGUCUCCUUUCGGAACCUUAGGCUUGACAUCAACAUUCUCAUGAUUAUAGCAGUUAUUGGGACAAUUGCUAUGAAUGAUUAUUUGGAAGCGGGCACCAUUGUUUUCCUCUUCUCAAUUGCAGAAUGGCUAGAGUCAAGGGCAAGUCACAAGGCAAAUGCAGUAAUGUCAUCAUUGAUGAACAUAGCCCCUCAAAAAGCAGUCAUUGCUGAAACAGGAGAGGUUGUGGAUGCUGAUGAGGUGAAAGUAAACACUAUCCUAGCUGUUAAAGCAGGAGAGGUGAUACCCAUUGAUGGAAUUGUUGUAGAUGGAACCUGUGAAGUUGAUGAGAAAACAUUGACUGGGGAAUCAUUCCCUGUAGCAAAACAAAAGGAUUCCACUGUAUGGGCUGGCACCAUCAAUUUAAAUGGUUAUAUUAGUGUGAAAACUACUUCACUAGCUGAGGAUUGUGUGGUGGCCAAAAUGGCAAAGCUUGUGGAAGAAGCUCAAAACAGCAAAACAAGCAUUCAAAGAUUGAUCGACAAGUUUGCCAAGUUUUAUACCCCGGCUGUUGUAGUCAUAUCAACUCUUGUAGCAGUGAUUCCAGUUGCAUUAAAAGUACAUGACGAGAAACACUGGCUUCACUUUGCACUUGUUGUUUUAGUAAGUGCAUGUCCAUGUGCACUUAUCCUUUCAACGCCGGUUGCAACUUUUUGUGCUUAUACGAGAGCAGCUACAUCAGGUCUUCUCAUCAAAGGGGGUGAUUAUCUUGAAACACUUGCAAAAAUUAAGGUCGUGGCUUUUGACAAAACUGGUACCAUAACAAAGGGUGAAUUUGUGGUGACACAUUUUCAAUCUCUUUCAGAUGACAUUGAUUUGGACACACUGCUUUACUGGGUGUCAAGCGUAGAGAGCAAGUCAAGCCAUCCAUUGGCAGCAGCAAUUGUUGAUUAUGGAAGGUCCCUUUCCAUUGAACCAAAGCCAGAAAAGGUGACAGAAUUUGACAAUUUUCCUGGAGAAGGAAUAUGUGGAAAAAUUGACGACAGAGUUCUUUACAUUGGAAAUAAAAAAAUUGCCACAAGAGCUAGAUCUGAAACAGGUGAUUGCCUUUCACAUGAUGUUCCAACUUUAGAAGGUGACAUUCAAAGAGGAAAGACCACAGGAUACAUAUACUCCGAAGCAACCCUGGUUGGAUUUUUCUCUCUUUCGGAUGCUUGCCGGUCAGGGGUUGAGGAGGCCAUAGGACAGUUGAAAUCAUUGGGAAUCAAAACUGCCAUGCUUACUGGAGAUUGUCAAUCUGCUGCAAUGCAAGCACAGGAGCAGCUGGGGCAUUCUCUGGAGUUAGUCCAUGCAGAACUUUUGCCAGAGGAUAAGGUGAAAAUCAUAUCAGAAUUUAAAAAGGAAGGUCCAACAGCCAUGAUUGGAGAUGGUUUAAAUGAUGCGCCUGCGUUAGCUGCAGCUGAUAUUGGAAUCUCAAUGGGCAUUUCAGGUUCUGCACUGGCAAGUGAGACAGGCAAUAUAAUUCUUAUGUCAAAUGACAUUAGGAAGAUACCAGAAGCCAUUAAACUUGCUAGAAAAGCUCGUAGGAAAGUGAGAGAGAAUAUUAUUUUGUCAGUCAUUACUAAGGCUGGGAUUCUUGGUUUGGCCAUUGGUGGUUAUCCACUUGUUUGGGCUGCAGUUGUUGCUGAUGUUGGAACAUGUCUAUUGGUCAUCUUUAACAGCAUGUUACUUCUGAAGAAAGGACACAAACAUGGAGGAAAAUGUUGUAAAUCUUCCACUCAACUACAUAACCACAAAAAUGGAUGUGGUGGUACUACAGGUAGUUCCUCUCAUCACCAUCAUCAUCAUGAUCAUCAUCAUAAGCAUCAUCAACAUGAAAAUCAACAUCAUAGCCACAAGGAUUGUUGCUCAGACAAGAAAAAGAUGUCUCAGCCUCAGAAGUGUGCCUCCCAGACAUGUUCUUCAACUUGUCCACCCUGUAAUACCAUGAAGAGUCAGGAUCAAUGCAAUGGAAGUGAUGAAUUCCAGAAACAUGAUCAUUGUCAUCAUGGACGAUGUGACAAUGAUCAAGGUGGAGGACAGAAGCAUGAUACUGAAAAGGAGGGUUGUUCAGAUUCCCAAAACUUGAUUCUAAAUGCAGAAGACAAUGGUGCAGUAAACAAGCAUGGUAAUUGUUUGGGACACAAGUCCCACGGGACAAAACACCACCAUGACCAAAAUUUUGACAUGGUUCAUGAUAGCACUUCACUUACUUCUCCUUGCCAUACCAAUCCCUCUUCUAUAAAAGGAAGUGCCAAAGAACAUUGCCACUUGAUCCAUGGUGGUGAAAAUCUGAAAGACCAAGAACACAGAAACAUGUUAGGAUCCAAUCAUGACAACCAUGAAAAAUCAUGUUGUCAUUCUGAUUUUAAGCAGCAUGGAACAGGUGAAAUAUCCAUUGACAUCACCAAUGAGCAUGUUGAAAUAGCUUCAAUGCAUGGUUGCUCAAGUUUGGAAGAGAAAGAAAAAGGUUCCUGUUGUGAAGGUUGCUCAGACACAUGCGAAAAAUUAUCUAUUCUGUGUGGCUGUGAGAGUGCAAAUGAGAUAAAAGAUAGUGCAUGUUGUAGAAAUGAGAUCUCUUCCAAAGAAUGCAAGGAAUUCCCUAUAGUGCAUGCUUGUAUAAGUUUGGAUAAAAGACAAGUUGGUGGAUGUUGUAAGAGCUAUAUGAGGGAAUGUUGUAGGAAACAUGGACACUCAGGAGCUGGUUUUGUAGGAGGCUUAUCAGAAAUUAUUACAGAAUAGGUGUAGCUGACUGCAUCGUAAGCAACAGGUGUCAGCAUCCUUAUUCUUACAAAUUUAUAUUUUAGUAGAACAAGAAUCCUCUAAAUUAUUAACUUGAUGUGCCUAUAAUGGAAACACUUUCCUAAUGCUCUUGUAUAUAGUUUGAAGAGAUAGUUGAAGUGAACACAAACAUAGUGUUUGCGACCGACAUUUUACCAAACAGGUCUGCAGGAGCUUGUUAUGAUAGACAGACACAUUGACCAGCACAGUGACAUGAGCUGAAGAUACAUUUUUAUUAUAACAUUGCUUUAGAAUGUUAUCAUGCCUUUUUAUUUUGGGGUAAUAAGAUAGAUAUGGGGAAUUGGGCUCAUAAAGAAGAGGAAUCAUUCCUUUUGGUUGUUGUUGGUGUAGAUGUUA